CUACGGCAGUUGUCAGCGCUGCACCCUGUUACUACCCUCUUAUUUUCUCUUUUCUCCUCUUAUUGUACAAUUUGGUCCCAAGUACAACAUUUGGUUCCGAGUUUUAGUGAGUUGAAGAGUUGUUUACGUUUGUGUUUUAAGUGUGACGUUGCGUCAAAUUCAUGUAAAACCGUCCGAAUAAGACUGAGUGCAAGUGUCAUAACGAUGUGCCCUGGUGCAGGUGAUGACAUACACUAAGUGCCUAGUUGUGGUCAUGACAAAACUUAGUGUUCCCUACUGAUAAGGAUUCUGACUGCCAUACGCAGCCGAUUGGAUUUUUUGAAAAAGUACGAACGAAACUUCUUCAUCAGCUGAGUAACAACAUGGCGCCCGCAUGUCACCGAGUUGACCGAACUUUAUCUACGGCUGUGCAGAAAGAUGGUGAGAGAGUGAGCGACACAGUACCAGGGUCUAGCAGUGACCGAGGCAACAGAGGCUGGCGUGGAGGGUGUAGAGUGACUGAGCGGAGCGCGGCGGCCGGCGCACUAAAUAUAGAGCUGGCAGAGUGGCGCUCCCGCAGCUCACACUACUGGUGGCGGAUGGUGCCACUGCCCCACUUACCUUCACUCCACCACUGCUGCGCCACGCCAUCACUCAAUAUUUCCUCGCCGCUAGCCUCUGGAAGAUGGGUUUAAUAAGGACCAGCCCACAGAUGACGCGCCCCCCUCGGACAGUAGCCUGACUGCUGCCCCCUGACCAGCCGCUGACCCGGCAGGUCACGUGACACCGAAGUGCCACGGUAGUAGUCCGGCAGUGGUGGCCGCGCAGUGGGCUAGUUUAAGGCAAGUGCCACAGUGUGAGAUUCUCGGUGCUCUGCUCCACCAUACGUGACGGUGUGCUCCACCAGGACAGUAUAGUGUUGUUAGUGCCACCAGUGAACACCUUGUAAGUGACCAUCGCCCCGCGCCUCGUUUUUCCUGUGGGGGUUCAGGUGAUGCUGUAGCCGCCAUGCCAGUGCCGCCAUCCUCGCCCUCAGUGGGCACCAGGUACCCAACUUACACUCCUUACUCUUCCUACCGAAGUCCGUCCUCGUCCUCGUACCUGGGACGCACCACAUCUCUGGACCGCUCCUCCUACACCAGCAGCUAUGGCAGCGGCUACGGGAGCGGCUACACCAGCAGCUACAGUAGCAAGUACUCACUCCCGCCUCGACCCUCCUACUCGGCGUCGUCCGACACAUACCGCAGUAGUCGUAGCUUACGCCAGUCCCCUGUAAGGCCGUCCUACUCCAGGCUCAGCUCAGAUUCUCACAUUGAGUCGUCGUCGUCAUCAUCAUCAUCGUCUUCUUCUUCAUCUUCGUCAUCGACUCGUUAUACACCUCGCUACUCGCGAGAUUCUGCUAAUAGAGAAGCGUCCUCCUCGAGAGACUCAGACUACGGGUCUCGCCUCACGUCUCGCGACCGCUCCAUCGACGUCGUAAAUGGUAACGGCAUCGACACCAGCCACUUCGGUCCCUCGCCGUCCUCGUACGCCUGUAACUACCGCUGGGAGUGUCGCGAGAAGAACAAAGAUGCCGAGGACGACUCAGCUAACCAGAAUGGAGAGGCUGAGAAAGUGCGCAUCACUGACCGAAUUCGUGCCUUUGAGACGCGCACUUCCGCCCGAGAGAGUGGAGGCUUGCUGGCGGGUAGAGAAAGUGCGGUGUCAUCAUCUCGGGACAGUGGAUUCUCCAGCACGCGGGAAAGUACCUCAAGUCGGGACAAAAGCUAUUUGUCAGGUCGCGACAGUAGCGUGUCCCGCCGCCGUUGCGUGCCCAUCACCUACUCAGAUGCUCCCUCCCGCUCUUCCUCCACCAGGAAGACUUCUCCGGAGGCCACCUCUAGGGAUAACCGCGACAGAGGCGAAGGCAACGUCAACUCCAGCGAAGAAAGGAGGCCUUCGGUGACGGAGCUGUGCCGUAAGUACGACACCAACCACAACGUGACCAACGGCGUUACACGACACGACGACGAAGAGGAAGGUAGUGACGGCAGCGUAUGCUCGGGCGAGGCUGCUGGCUCAGCUGUCGAGCCUUCGGCCGCCUCCAAGGCCCGCAAGCGAACUGACUCUACCAACCGUAAUGAUCGAACCGACUCACCCGUCGCCACCCGCGUGGAUUCACCCAACCGGUCUCGUGUGCAUUCACCCGCUCGUAAUCACUUGGACUCCCCAUCGAGGACCCGCCUGGACUCCCCGGCACAAAGUCAUAAGGAGUCCCCUGCCAGGAGCCGCUUGGAUUCUCCCACCCACGUCCAUCGGGACUCCCCCUCCAGCCGGGAUGGUCGCUCCUCCCCCCUCGUUAAUGGCAACGUUGAGAAGCCCAAGAUCCGGCUGGAGGUGGAGAGCGGGUAUGACGGCACCCGCUCCCGGUACCGCAGAGACCGGGUGAGGGAACGGAUAGCUGCGCGUCUGGCCCGAGAGACUGAGGAAGAUUCUCCACCCCGUCGCCAUCAAUCAACCUUAAGCACCACCAGCAGCAGUAGCAGCGGCUCAUCUACAGGUGGUGUUUUAAGUGAAAAUAAUGGGCUGGUUGGUCUAAGAAACAUUGGGAACACAUGUUUUAUGAAUAGUGUGACACAGUGUCUCAGCAAUACAAGGUGCCUCUUAGAAUAUCUGGUUAGGGAUGGUUACUCCUCAGACAUCAAUACCACCAUAUCCACUAUGAAGGGCGACCUUAUACGCGCCUUUGCCAACCUACUGUCAGACAUGUGGAAUGAGGGCGGAGACAACAGCCGGGCCCUCAAUACGGGACCAUUUAAAUCACAGAUCCAGAGAUUUGCCCCAGUAUUCUCAGGGUACCAGCAGCACGAUGCUCAGGAGUUCCUUCGCAAGCUCCUGGAAGGUCUGCACGAAGAUGUUAAUCGAGUCACUGCCAAACCUAAACCAAUAACUGAAGAUAUUGAUGAGGACCUCGAUGACAACCAAAAGGCAAUGGAAUCAUGGAAGCGAUAUCUUCGAUAUGAUGACAGCAAGAUUGUGGACAUGUUCGUUGGACAGUUAAAUUCAUGUCUACAGUGUUCUGUCUGUGGUCAUUAUUCUGUAACUUUUGACCCUUUUUGGGAUCUUAGUCUACCCAUCCCCAGCAAGUCAGGUCAAGUUCGACUAGCCCAAUGCCUCGACCUUUUCACCAAGGAAGAGGUCCUGGAUGGAGAUGAACGACCUACAUGCUCUAAAUGCAAAGAGAGGAGAAAAAUGACAAAAUCCUUCAGUAUACAGAAGUUCCCCAAAGUCCUCGUUCUUCAUUUGAAGCGCUUUUCACCUUUGGAGCGAUGGCGUGGAAAAUUGUCCUGCACAGUGGAAUUUCCACUGGAGAGCCUUGAUCUUUCCAAAUAUGCUUCAAACUCCAGUUCCUCUCCAUACUACAACCUUAUUGGUGUUGCCAACCAUUCUGGAACUACCUAUUCAGGCCAUUAUACAGCUUACUGCAAACAUCCUUAUUCAUGCACCUGGCAUGAGUACAAUGACUCUAGAGUGUCAAAUAUUUCUACAGGGAGAAUAUGCAGCCCUGAAGCAUAUGUGCUCUUCUAUGAAUUGUCAUCAGCAUCAUCUAAAUUAUAAUAUCUGUUUGGUCACCUUUGAACUCACGAAUGUGUGUGUGUGUGUGUGUGUGUGUGUGUAUAUAUAUAUAUAUAUAUAUAU